UAUUGUGCUUGAUCCAAAUAAGAGCAUACAUGAUACGAGUACCCCUCUUUAAUUGCAAACUCAUUGCACGUGUAGUGUUCGACGAAAUGUCGAGACCAACUGGUAAGAACAAGAAACACACUAAUUUAAUAAUGAACAGCUGGCUAUUCCCACUUCAGUUUUCAAUUCAUUCAUCACAUCUCAACUAGAGAUGCUUAAAAAUUCUCACAAUACUAUAUUGUUAAUGACCAUUCAAAGAAAGAAACAAAAACCCAAGUUCACUCCAUAAUUUCUGGAUCUUAUUCUGCUAAAAGUUUUCAACUUUCUGGAAAAAAAUUCAACUUUGAAUCCAUGCAUGUUGUGGAAGAACUUGUUGAGAAGAAAUUCCAGUAAUUAUAAGAGUGAAUUGAGUAAAAACAAUGGAGGAGUCAGUUUUAAGAGAAGGAAAGUCUCUUGCUGAGACUCCAACAUGGUCUGUAGCAACAGUUACUUCAGUUAUGGUUUUUGUUUGUUUUCUGGUACAGAGGUCUAUUUACCGGUUUGGAAAGUGGUUAAAAAAGACUAGAAGGAAGGCCUUAUUUGCUUCAUUAGAGAAGAUUAAAGAAGAACUUAUGUUACUUGGUCUGAUAUCAUUGUUACUGGGGCAAUGGGCUAGAUGGAUAUCCGAGAUCUGUGUGGACUCGUCACUUUUUAACAGUCGAUUCUAUACUUGUUCUGAGAAAGACUUCACUUCCCAUGAGAAAUUUGUUUCUAGAGACUCAUUUCCUUCUUCAAAUGAGACUGAUAUACCUCCAGAGGGAUUAUUCAAUUCUAUUUUACAUGGAUGUCCUGCUGGCCGUGAACCUUUUGUAUCCUAUGAAGGUCUUGAACAGCUUCACCGGUUCUUAUUCGUGCUUGGUAUUACGCACGUUCUUUAUAGCUGUGUUGCUGUUGGUUUAGCUAUGAUUAAGAUAUACAGUUGGAGAAAAUGGGAAUACCAAGCAAUUGACCAAGUGGGUGAAGGAAAUUUGCAAGCAAAGAGGAACAAGGUAAUGAGGCGACAAACCACCUUUGCUUUUCAUCAUGCUUCACAUCCAUGGAGUAGAAAUCGAAUCUUGAUUUGGAUGCUGUGUUUUCUUCGUCAGUUUAAGAGUUCCAUACAGAAGUCGGAUUACUUGGCACUGCGUUUGGGUUUCAUAACCAACCACAAACUGCCACUUUCUUAUAAUUUUCACAAAUACAUGGUUAGGAGCAUGGAAGAUGAAUUUCACGCUAUAGUUGGAAUCAGCUGGCCGCUAUGGGGCUAUACGAUAAUAUGCAUCUUACUUAAUGUUCACGGGUUAAAUAUUUACUUUUGGCUCUCAUUUAUUCCUGUAAUUCUUGUCAUGCUAGUUGGUACAAAACUCGAGCAUGUCGUCUCUCUCUUAGCUCUGGAGAUUGCAGAAACAACAGCUUCAUCUACUAGGACUCAAGUGAAGCCACGCGACGAGCUUUUCUGGUUCGGGAAGCCAGAAAUGAUUUUAUGGUUGAUUCAGUUUAUUUCAUUCCAGAAUGCUUUUGAAAUGGCGACGUUUAUUUGGUCUUUGUGGGGAUUCGAGCAACGGUCUUGUUUUAUGAAGAACCAUGCAAUGGUAGUUAUCCGUUUGACUUCUGGAGUUCUAAUUCAAAUCUGGUGUAGCUACAGUACUGUCCCUCUUAGUGUCAUUAUAACACAGAUGGGAUCAAAGUGCAAGAAAGCCUUGGUUGCGGAAAGCGUAAGAGAAUCCUUGCAUAGUUGGUGUAAGCGAGUAAAGGCGAAGUCGAAACGUUCACUUACAACAAGAUCAGUUUGCUCCAUCGACGAGGGAGAUGAAGUAACUACGGUUGCUUCUCUAACUCUAUCGCCUUGCUCUUCAAUUGCUUCUUUAAACGAGGUCAAAAUAACUGACGUAGAGCAUCCAGACAUAGAAGAACAUCAUGAACAACAAAAUACCAUUUCAUCCGAAGAUUUUUCAUUCCGUAUUUCAGAGUAUAUAUCUCAAUCAGCUCAAAAUAUAUUUCCGGAGACGCCAGAUCAUGACCCAUCUGGCAAUGCAGAUGAAGGGAGAAUUGAAACGCUUGCGGAUUUGCUACAAAAGACUUGAAUUAUUUAAAUUUAUUUAUUAAGAUUCUCCAUUUCUUUUAAUAGCUAUACUUCUCUUAAAAAGCUCUCACGUUAAAAGGAGAAGUGUUGCUAUUAAAAAGAAACAUCUUAUAUGAUAGGAUCGCUCCACUAAUUUAUCAUGUAAUAUCCCUAAUUUUCGCCUUAGUGAUGCAUAUAGAAGUAAUUAAUACAUUUUUACUUCUUUUAAUUUUAAAGAAAGCUUCGUAUAUGUAUAUUUUUCCCUUUUCCACUAGAAUUUCAGCCUGAAUUCAACAAAACUUCACUAACUUAGAGGACAUAACAUAGCUACAAUGAUCAACGUAAUCUUUUGGUUAA